AUGUGGUCGCUGGUCGUCGGGUCGAGUAUAGCCUCCUCUUCGAAGAACAAAGAGGCGCCUCCGAUUCUCAGACUUCCUACCGAACUCCUUAUUAACAUUGCAUCCUAUCUUUCUUGCCGUCACCCUAACUAUGGAUAUCCCGUCGAGUCCGCGAACCUCGCCGCCCUCUCUUCUGUUUCGCGUCUGUUACAUGCGAUUGCAACGCCACUUCUGUAUCAACAAAUCCCGAUAACUUCGGAGUCUCAGCUUGGCCUUUUAUGCAGGUCUCCGCUCAAGUGCCUCGAAUACGUACAUGAACUCAAUUUCUUCAUGGAUGUCGAAUUUCUCGAUGCCUGGAGGCAGUGGGCCUUCACCCAUAGCACCGAUCGGAUACCAAGGCGUUCCAUUUUUCAUACAUUUGCUCAACUCCUCUCAUCCGUGCAUCACCUUCGGUCCCUUCGCAUGCGUGUCGCUGAAAUUUCUGGCGUGCGCUCCGGAUGGGGGAAGUUUUCUUGCACACAGAACCCCACUUCCGGCAUCCCGAUUGGGCGACCACUUGAAGAAGCAUUUGCCCUGUAUAAGCCUACAAAACUUCGAGAGCUUAAGAAACUCGAGGUGGACGGCUUCCAAGAUAUUUGGCCAUUACUUAGCUUGGCACCUUCCCUCGAGACACUGAGGAUGUGCUUGUCGGGUGGUUUUGCUCAAUACGUUAAUGUUGAGCUCGUUCAAGCACUUCGGUCUGUUUGUUCGACGCUUAAACAUCUCACCUACACUCCGGAAACGCUGCGCGUCCAUCAAAGGAUGCCAGGCAUCCUUCCGGUUGAGCUUUUCUUUGAGGAGUUUACAACAGAGGAUCUAGUUAACGAGCUUCAACGACAAGACGAUGCCCUUAGAGGGUUUCCGCUCGCGUCUCUGGAAUUGGUGGCGCUCCUAGGAAAGAUACUCCCUCAUCUGGAGACACUAGACUUGCAGACUCGACGUUUUGGGGCUGAGGAAAUCUCAUUUCUUUCCAAAGUGGAGCCCAUACCUCUUGAUGGUCUGGAAGACGCGAUCACAGACAUGAAAAAUCUAAAAUCAAUCAAGCUUCCGUCCUCCCUGUAUCCCAUGUCGGAUUUCGACAUCGUUCGAGGUUUAGAGGCACCACAUAUCUUGCGAGUAUCAGCUCUACAACAUCUCAUUUCUUCAGAACGACAGGCCGUCGAACAACUGGCAACCUCACGCCAGACCUCGUCAAACCCCCUGUCCAUCACUUUCAUACGCCCGAUUAUCCCACAUGAACGGACCGACCAUUUCGUCACUUACACAAUCUUUCCACCAUCACAGAACCUUGAGACUUGUUCUCCGCUUUCUCAAUCCUGCACUACGACACAUUCAAGUUACAUUCAAACCGAAUAUGGUACCGCAUCGAUGGACCAAAUCGCCCCCUGGCCUUACACACCGCCAAUCUCGCUCUCUCAUACUCUUCGCAAGAUUUGGCUGGCACCAACAGAUGUCCGACAUGACCUGGCCAUUUCUUUCAUGAAAGACCAGGAUAACGGUAUCGCUAACGCUGUAUGUUAUGUUGGGGAGUCGUGUGUCGGACAGCUUGGGUGGGACGUGUAUCAACAAGCGGAGGGCGCGAGGAUGAUGAUGCGGCUAGCUUAUGAUUGCACGUAUGGGGUUUAUUACGUUGCUUCAAAAUUGGCUGGGAAUGUAUAA